AUGAAUUCUACAGGCAAGAAGUGUAUUUCAGUUCCUUCUCCACACGUUUGCAACACGAGUAAAAAACAUGUUGGCCAAAGAGCACUCGUGCAACCAGAUUUCCAGCCUGCCAACUGGAAAAGGCCACCUGCAAGCAGAGGGGGCUUUGCCUCAAGUCAAGAGUCUGAUUCUGAAAGCCUUGUUCAGGAGAGACAGUAUCAGUUAGAGCUCCAGCAGUGGAUCCAUGAAAAUGAAGAGUUGAUAGGAUUGUAUUCUGAUGAGCUGGAGAAGGACAGCUUAGAAGAAGAUAGCUUGGAGGAGAUGAGUUUAGAAGAGCAAGAAGGAGCUGAGUGUGACAUAAAUCCAUGUACAAAUGGAAUACAAAAGGAUGAUGGUAAUGGAAGGAAGCAACAGGCAGUGAAGAACUAUUUCAGUCAAAGAUACAAACCCAACUGGAAGAACACAAAAGAGGUAGCAGGAAAAGCGUGUCAAGGUGCUAGGAGAAGCAGUGAGGACUUCUCACAAGAUUCAUUUUACCUCCAUUCCAGUGGUUCCCCAGAAGAAAAGAAUCAACAGGAGGCAAAGUCACAAGGUUCCCCCUUAGAGUUUGGUCCAGAAAUCUUGAUCCUUCAUCAGCCAAAUGCUGUGGUCAGCAAAGAACCAUCCAGGCUACACACCCAAGAGAAGGCACCUGCAGGUGGAUGUCAUUUCAAAGGUCAUCCCAGUGCUUCUUCACUUCAGAUUCAACAAAAUCAACCCCAAAGAGCCAAAAAAGACUUUGUGGAAAAGAAUAAACAGACUUUAGGAAUGCAGGCAAAGAUAAAUUCCUAUUUUCAGUUACACAGGAAAAAGCAGGAAGUUCUUCAAGAGGAGGCUACAGAUCCUCAAACUGUUGAUGAGGAACCAGUUCAGAGUGGCCAACUAUCCCAGACUGAGAAAAUGAAGCCUGAAGACAAAUGGGACCUCAAAGCACAGCAGCUCAAGGAUCACCAGAAAAAGUUCUCCCAGAGAAAUCAAACAAAAUGCACCCAGAGCCUCAAAGGGAGAGCUUUCCCAAGGAAUGAUAUCCAGCAACCACUGGGGACACCAGCAGAACCAAAGUCCAGCCACCACAGGCACCACCAAGCAGCAGAAUUUCCCACUGCUCCCAUGCAGGCUGUGGAGCAAGACAGCAGCAGCACACUCCAGAAGCAGCUGGAUUCAAGUCCUUCUGUUGGCCCUGCCACUAACACAGCAGCAAAUCCACAAACUUGCCUCACUCAUUUCCCAAGAUCAAGGCAUUUUGUUAAUCAGGAUUUUCCUGCCUAUCCUCUUCACCCAACAUUACAGAAGUUUCACCCAGCAGAGGCUGAAUCUCCAGCAUACACCAGCAAGGAGAGCAAGAAAUACCAGCAUGAUUCUCCAAAUGGAUUUCCACAUCACCAGCAACAUCUACACAACCAUGUCCCUCUGCAGCUUUUCCCAAGAGAUAACAGUACCAAUGGUCAAGCACAUCCAAACCAGAGGAAUAUUUCAUCUACUUUUAAUGCCAAUCUUCAAGAAUUGGUGAAGGAUCAGGUAUCCCUUCAGGAUUGCAAAAGACACAUUUAUGUGGAUACAGAGUACCAGAACUAUGCUGUCAGUAGUUUAUGGUCACCAACAGCCCGUUAUACAACCUCCCAAUUUCCACAAACGAUGGGGCAACACCACCAAGAAAUCCCUCUUUUGCCAGAGGCUCACUUAGCUGACAGGCAUUUGUUCAGCCUCCUUCCACCUGUAAUUCCACAAGGAGAAAGUGCUUCAGGGUUAGAUCCAAGAAAGGGUGAAGGAAAUCAACUGAAAAUAAGCCAAGGCAACUCAGAAGGAUGUCUGAUCCAGAUGGAAAGGCAAAAGCAGCCUAAAGUCAGCAAGAAGCCAUGUAACUCAAAAGGCUACAUAAAUCUGAAUGUGAAGCUUGGAGGCCUUGGACCUGACUAUGAAGCAAUCAAAGAGAAAAAGGAGAAAUUAAAACACCAAAAGGAAUAUGCCAAGCAAAUCAAGGAGUACAAUAUGAAAAACAUUGCUUCGGUUCCAAGGUCACCUGCAAAACCCCAGGUGACACCUUCAGCAUCAAGACAGAAGGCUCUCGAAUAUGCUAAGAAGAUUCCUAGACCAAAGAAUUCCAAGGCAAGACAAUCAGAUGAAGAAGUGAAAGAGGAAAGAGUUCUGCCACAAACAUUAAAAGGAGCCAGUUUGCUUCCAAUGGCAUCCUUGGAAUCUUUGCAAAAUAGACACAAGAAGGAGAAACAAAUUGUAGCUGCUUUCAGUACCCUUCAUGUUUUAUAA